AUGAGGCAGCUUCUCGAGAAAACACUCGUCAGUCUAACGACCUGGUUCACGAUCGUCGCUUUCGCAAUUGGUCCAGCGACCGGAUACCCUUUUGAAGAUGCCGUGACUCAGAUGGAUCCACCGGUGCUGGAACUCCGCUCGGAGACCUCGUCCUUUCAAUGGGAAAGCAUUGUUCCAACUCCGCACCUAGUGUAUCACUCAUGUUUUGAAACCUAUCAGUGUGCUCGUCUGGAGCUUCCAAUGGACUGGAACAGUGCCGACCAGAACGGAGCGAAGAUCGCCCUGGCGGUGAUUCGACUCCCUGCCAAAGUGCCGGUUACCGAUGCGCGGUAUGGCGGUCCGGUGAUCUUGAACCCGGGUGGUCCGGGUAAUUCGGGAGUACAGCAGGUUCUCACGGUUGGGAAGCUUAUGCAAGGAAUCGUUGAUCCCGAGCCGACAGAUCUCAAUUCAAUAUACCAUACGGCAGCGGGCGGUAAAUAUUUCGAUGUCGUCAGCUUCGAUCCAAGAGGCAUCAACAAUACGACUCCGCCAUUUACCUGCUUUAAAGACUCGGCAUCACGGAAAGUUUGGCAAGAUCAGGCAGCUGCGGAAGGUUUGCCAGGAAGCUCUGAAUUCGCCUUCGAUACAUCCUGGGCUCGAUCCACAGCGUUAAGCAUGAUCUGCUCUCAGGCUUCGGAAGCUAUUGCCUCAAAGGGCGAAGAGUGGAUCGGUCUUCAUAUGAACACUCCCCCUGUGGUGGCUGAUAUGGUGGGACUGAUCGAGCGACAUGGAGAGUGGCGGGAGAGUGAAACCGAGACUCUUUUGCAGUCCGCUCGGCAAACACCGGAGAACGAGGCAAUCCGACUGCGGAAUCGCUGGAAGCAAGGCGAAGAGAAGCUGCUUUACUGGGGUUUAUCCUACGGUAGCGUUCUCGGCAUGACGUUCGCAGCCAUGCACCCAGAUCGGAUCCAGCGCGCCGUAAUAGACGGCGUGUGCGAUUGCCCGGACUAUUAUGCCGGAAACUGGCUCAAGAAUAUUCAGGACGCGGAUCAGGCGUUUUACAAGUUCUUGGAAUACUGCCACGAAGCGGGACCGACGAAGUGUGCCCUCGCGGGCGAUAGCCCGGAGGAGAUCAAAGCUCGCGUAGACGAGCUGAUUGAGAGCCUGAAAACCAACCCCGUCCCGGUACCUGCGUCUGCGGAUCGCCCCCCGGAUAUGAUCACCUAUACCGAUGUCAAGACCACGAUCACGACUGCGCUCUAUGAUCCCAUGGACUUCUUCGAGACUAUGGCGCAGUUCUUGGCUGAUCUCUCGCGCAACAAUGGAUCGUCGUUUGCGGAUUUCAAGUACCAAAGUGCCGAGGAGACGUGUCCAGGAACGGUGAUUCCAGGAGACAAUAAGUUCGAGGCGCAGGGGAACAUCAUCUGUACCGACGGAGAGAAUAUUGAUGGGAUUACAAAAGACAAGUACCGGCGAUACUGGCAGACCCUGCGAAAACAAAGCAAGACCCUUGGUGAUGAAUGGGCUACGGUGCGUCUGCAGUGUAUUAAAUGGAAGACGCGACCAGCGUGGCGAUUUGAUGGGCCCAUCGCCGGCAACACGUCGCAUCCGCUUCUAUUCGUCGGGAACACAUAUGACCCGGUCACUCCUCUUCGCAAUGCCGUUCAAAUGUCGCGUGGAUUUUCCAGGUCCGUCGUGUUGCAGCAGGAUUCCGUGGGGAUCUUCCAGCAUUGCACCAUCAGUGCUCCUUCAUCGUGCUCACAUGAGACCAUUCGCCGAUACUUCCAGACUGGCGAUCUCCCUCAGCCCGGCACUAUUUGCAAAGUGGACCAGCGGCCGUUCGGGCUUCCUCCAGUAUAG